AUGAUUAUUAUUGAUUUAUUGUAUAUUGUAGGAAUAGGGGGAGCAUCAUUGGGUGAAUAUUUCUUAGAUUAGCAGAGAAGCUAUUAAUUAUACACUAUGUUAUCGUCGUUGGUAGUUUUGUGUGUAUGGUUUGGUUUACGAGUAAAGAGAAGAGAAUUGAAGAAUAAUCGGAUUGAAUUACUUGUACUGUUAUUGGUUGGAAAUAUAUUAAGAACAAUAGGAUCAACACAUAUAAGCGAGAUGUAUUUUGCAUUAUUCCCAAAAGGUUGCUUUAUAUAAUUCCAAUUCAGAAUCAUUAACAUCCUAAAAAAAUGUUUGUUUGUUUACCUUUUAUAGCAAUAGUAGUAAGUGUGAAAUUAGAAUUCAGUUAUGAACAUACAAUAGUAGGUUAUGCAUUCCUUAUUUUAGUUUGGUUAUCAAUUUAUCACCCAGUAGAGUAAUAAUAAAUACCUUAAGUAUCAAAGAAUCAUAGUUAUUCGAAAACAUGGAUAAACCCAUCAGAUAGUUUAAUAAUAAAUUAGAAUGAUAAAUAUGAUCUUAUAGUUAAUCGUUAAGGCAAGAUGAUAUCUUAAACUUCAGAUUAUAAUAAAUUAAUUGGCACUGAUGAUCCUAUAUUAAUCUAAUAAAUACUUAAAGAUAUUAUUAUUCAUAAACUUGAUAAACAAUUUAAAAAAUAUAAAAUUAACAAUCUUUUAUAAUUAAUAGAAAUUACAGAUCUUAUUAAAUGUAAAGUAUUAGAUUGUUCUACUCCUUUUGGAGAUAAUUAUGUAAUUGAAUUAACUAUCAUUAAUGAAAAUGUAUGUUUAAAUUUCUAGGACAUGUAUGAAAUAAGAGAUUAUUGGGAAAGAAAGAUUACUAAAUAACUUAUGAAUUAAUUAUUUCGUAGUUUUAGUCAUGAAUUUAGCACUUCAUUGAAUUGUAUUAGAAUACUUGCUGAAAAUGCUAUAGAAGAUAUUGAAGAUGAUCAUAUUGUAAAUACUUGUAUCUAACCUAUUUUGAAUUCUUGUUACAUACUCAAUUCUAUUGUCUAAGAUGUUAGAGAUUUCAGUUUAAUCUUAUCUAAGAACUUUGUAUUAACUAUACAAAUACAAAAUAUCUAACUAUUAAUUCAUGAAGUAGCAGAAUUAUAUCGAUAACAACUCAAAAUGAAAGGUGUAUAAUUUAAUGUCAAAAUUAAUGAAUUCUCUAUUCAUACAGAUGGUUAAAGAUUUAAAUAAGUUUUAAAUAAUCUUUUGUCUAAUGCAUAAAAGUUUACAUUCUCUGGAAGUGUUACUAUUGAUGUUUAAGAAUUAGUCAUUAAUGAUUAAUUAUUUAUUAAAGUCAUUGUCUAAGACACAGGCUCUGGAAUGGAUUAAAAUACUUAAAAUAAAUUAUCAGAGUUUCUCAAACAACCGCAUAAUAGAAAGUCUAAUCUUAAUUAUGGUCUAGGUCUUAUGAUAAGUAAUACUAUUUGUAAUGGUUUAUCUCCAAACUAUGAAUCUGGUAUACAUUUUUCAUCUGCGAAUAAAAUUGGUUCUUAAUUUUGGUUCUUUGUUGAAGAUCUUAAAACGAUGGAUUUACCUGAUCUUGUUAGUAGAAGAACUAUCAAAUACAAUAAAAUACACAGUUCAGGUAGAAGUAUCUUAGAAUAAAGUUUUCUCAUUAGUCCUAGUGAUAAAAAGCGAUAAUCAUCUUUUACUUUCUCCUUAAAAGGGAAAUAAAAACUUAUUGAAAAAUAAUCAGAAAGUAUUUAUAAUUUUUCAUUCUAAGAUUUUUCAGAACCAGAUGAUAUCAUUUGUGCUCCUUAUGUUUUUAGAGAAGGACCUAAAAAACCUUAAAAAAAUAUAUAUCCUUAAAUAGAUUAAGUUGUUAGUGAAUAUGCUGAUGAUCGAGCAAAAAUUUUAAUUGUUGAUGAUGAAUUUGUUAAUAUCUAUGCACUGACUACUAUGCUAUCUAGAUUAAAUAUUAGAUGUGAUUCAGCGCAUAAUGGCAAAGAAGGAUUAGAUAAAUUCAAAUUAUAAUACUAUUAAGUUAUUCUCAUGGAUGUUGAAAUGCCCAUUAUGAAUGGUAUUUAAGCUACUCAAUAAAUACUUGAAUUUUGCCAUUCUGUUGAUUUAGAUCCUCCUAUCAUUAUUGCCUAAACUGCUUAUACUGAUAUGUAGACUAAAUAAAUGUGCAAAGAAGUUGGAAUGGAUUAUUUUCUAUAAAAACCUAUUAGCACUAUUGAAAUUAAAUAAAUUCUAUAAACUAUUAGUUGA